AUUGCCUCACCCAACAUGGACUCCGCGUGUCCCCUCUCGUCGUGGCGGCGCUGGCGAGGCGGGCGGGCGGGCGUGGAGGCGGCCCAGCCCAGCCCGGGGAGGAGCCUCCGACUCGGGGCCCCCGUCAAGCAGAGACGGAGCCGCCACCGACAGCGACACCGCCGCACGGCAUCGUCAGUGGGCGAGCGGACCGCACAGAGGGGUCCGCUGGGACGAAGGAGCGACUCUCGCGCAGGCCGAGGCUGCCCCGGCGACAAGGUGGCGGCAGACAAGGUGACGGACAAGCUGUCUGCCACGCUCUCAUGGGUGAGGCAGACGGUGACGCAGACGGUGACGGCGACCGGGGCGACCCCCUCGGUCCCCUCGGCGCCGCAUGCCGGGCCCCGACCGCACGGGAGCGAGCGUAACGGCGCAGCAGCGGCGAGGGGGGGGGCGCUCUCCGCCGAGGACGAGGAGCUCCUCUCCAAGCUGGAGGAACAGAACAAGCUGCUGCAGGCGGUAUCGAGUGGCCCGACGGGGCCCGGCGAGGCGGCGCGGCCCAGCGAGGAGGAGCUGUGGGCCGUGUGGGGCGGCCUCGUGUCCGAGUGGCAGGAGUCGCGCUGCCACAAGGAUCAGCGUGUCAAGGAUCUUGUCCGGGAAGGAAUUCCGCAACAUUUCAGAGGAAUCGUCUGGCAGCUCCUGUGCGAUGCCCAAAAUGUCGCUGAAAAGGAUCAGUACAGUGAGCUCCUGAAGAUGGCUUCUCCGUCGGAAAAGCUGAUCCGGCGAGACUUGGCACGGACCUACCCAGAGCACGUGCUGUUCCGACAGCCGGACGGGCCCGGCCAGGAGGGGCUCUUCAACGUCAUGAAGGCGUAUUCACUGGUGGACCGCGAGGUCGGAUAUUGCCAAGGCAGCGCCUUCAUUGUCGGACUUCUCUUGAUGCAGAUGCCGGAGGAGGAGGAGGCUUUCUGCGUGUUCAUCCGCCUCAUGCACGACUACCGCCUGCGUGAGCUCUUCAAGCCCAGCAUGGCCGAGCUGGGGCUGUGCAUGUACCAGAUCGAGAGCCUCAUGCAGGUGGCGGCAGACAAGGUGACGGACAAGCUGUCUGCCACGCUCUCAUGGGUGAGGCAGACGGUGACGCAGACGGUGACGGCGACCGGGGCGACCCCCUCGGUCCCCUCGGCGCCGCAUGCCGGGCCCCGACCGCACGGGAGCGAGCGUAACGGCGCAGCAGCGGCGAGGGGGGGGGCGCUCUCCGCCGAGGACGAGGAGCUCCUCUCCAAGCUGGAGGAACAGAACAAGCUGCUGCAGGCGGUAUCGAGUGGCCCGACGGGGCCCGGCGAGGCGGCGCGGCCCAGCGAGGAGGAGCUGUGGGCCGUGUGGGGCGGCCUCGUGUCCGAGUGGCAGGAGUCGCGCUGCCACAAGGAUCAGCGCGUCAAGGAUCUUGUCCGGGAAGGAAUUCCGCACCAUUUCAGAGGAAUCGUCUGGCAGCUCCUGUGCGAUGCCCAAAAUGUCGCUGAAAAGGAUCAGUACAGUGAGCUCCUGAAGAUGGCUUCUCCGUCGGAAAAGCUGAUCCGGCGAGACUUGGCACGGACCUACCCAGAGCACGUGCUGUUCCGACAGCCGGACGGGCCCGGCCAGGAGGGGCUCUUCAACGUCAUGAAGGCGUAUUCGCUGGUGGACCGCGAGGUCGGAUAUUGCCAAGGCAGCGCCUUCAUUGUCGGACUCCUCUUGAUGCAGAUGCCGGAGGAGGAGGCUUUCUGCGUGUUCAUCCGCCUCAUGCACGACUACCGCCUGCGUGAGCUCUUCAAGCCCAGCAUGGCCGAGCUGGGGCUGUGCAUGUACCAGAUCGAGAGCCUCAUGCAGGAUCAGCUGUCGCAGCUGCACGCACACCUGAGCACUCACAGUGUGCACACCUCCAUGUUCGCGUCUCCCUGGUUCCUCACCGUGUUCCUCACCACCUUCCCGCUGCCGCUCGCCGCUCGCAUCUUCGACUGGUUCAUGUGCGAGGGCCUGGAGGUGAUUUUCCGGGUGGGUGUCGCCAUCCUCUCGGCUCUUCAGGAUGAGCUGCUCGCACAGGACAUGGAGGGCAUGCUGCAGCUUUUUCAGAAGGUGGUUCCACACCGAUGGGACGGCUGUGCCGACAAGCUCAUCGCCGCGGCCACGCAGGUCAAGUACAACCCAAAGCGCCUCAAGAAGUUGGAAAAGGAAUACAUGGCUCUGAAAACGAAAGAGAUGGAGGAACAGGUUGAAAUCAAGAAAUUACGCACGGAGAAUCGGCUGCUGAGGCAGAAAAUAGACAACUUGGAGAAGGAGAGUGCAGCGCUGGCUGACAGGCUCAUACAAGGUCAGGUGACGCGGGCCCAGGAGGCAGAAGACAACAUGCAGUUCCGCCGUGAGGUGGAUUCUCUGCGCACCCACAAUGCCACGGUGGCUGACAAGCUGGCGCAAGCGCACACCACCCUCCGACAGCUGCUCGCAGAGAAGAGCUCGGGCGGCCGCUACUCAGAAGAGUUUGUGAUUGGGCUCGAGCGGGAGCUCGUGAUGGCUCGGCUCAAGGAGGCCGAGGCACAGUCUGCACUGCACGAAAUGCAGGAGAAGGUCAUCGGUAUGGAGAAGCGCUGUAGCUCCCUGCCGGACGAGAGCAACGUCGCGCGGCUGCAGGAGGAGCUCAUCGCCGUGAAGAUCCGCGAGGCGGAGGCGCUCACCUCGCUCAAGCAGCUGCACCAGCAGGUGCGCGAUCUGGAGGACGCCUGGCAGAGGCACGUGUCCCGCACGUCCGUGCGUGGGAAGUGUGCGCUGGGCGAGCUGCAGGCGGAGAUCAUGACGGUGCGGCUUCGCGAGGGGGACACCCGCGCACAGCUCUGUGAGACCAAGCACCGCGUACUGGAGUUACAGACACAGAGCCAGCUGGUGAGCUCACAGCUGCGGCGAGCCGAGCAGGAGCUGAGUGCGUGCCAGCAGCGGGUCGCGGUGCUCGCACGCGAGAACGGCGAGCUGCACGCCGCCGUCGCCACCGCCAAGCGCCGCGUCGCCGAGCACGAGUGCCAGCGUAAGGAGCAGGCGAUGUCAGCGCGGCUCCGUGAUGCCGAUCACCUGGCGGCCGUGGCCGAGCUCCGGCAGAGAAUCGCAGAGCUGGAGAUCCAGCACGAGGAGGGUCAGCUGACGGGUCAGCUGACGCGUACGGACACGCGGCAGCACAUCCGGGACCUCACCGAGCAAAUCGCAGAGCUGCAGGAAGAGGUGCAGAGGCUGAGGGGCGGACAGCCCGGUGUCACGGCGCAGGCCCUCGAUCGGAUCCACAUCAGCGCCCACGACGACGACGACGACGAUGACGAUGACGACGAAGACGAUGAUUAUGAAAUUGACGAAGAAAGAAGAAAAAUGACAAAGCUCGCAAGCCAUAGUUCGCCAGACGCAGGAGCCGAUGACGAUGACGACGACGACGAUGACGACGACAACUACGUUCACGACGCCGGAAACGGCAGUGAAAAUUUUGCAACUUGGAGAAAUGUGAACUCCAGCGAGAGCGACGCUGACGACGACUGCGUGGUGGAGGGUGGCAGUGAGCUGAAGCGGUGCAAGAAGACUUCGAGCGCAUUCCGUGGACUCGCUGGCGAGGGUGGCCCCAGCGAUGGCGGCGUCAUGCCCGUGGGGCAAUGCACCAAAGUCGGUGGCUCGGAGUGCGACGGCGACGACGACGCCGACGACGCGGCCCUCGUGGAUCGGCUGAAGAGGCGCAGCCGCAGCACCGCCGUGUGACGACGACUCAGUGAGCCGGUGGUGGUGGUGGGCGCUGUUCGCCGGCGCGAUUCGCGGUGACCCCAGCGGUGCGUCGUUGUUGCUGUCCGCUGGGGAGGACAUUAAAAGACUCCCUCCCCCCCAUCUUGACGGUGUCUGAGAGCGGGCGAUUUGUGCGCCGAUUGUUGAAACUGCCCGCAACUUUGAAAAACCGUCCCCUCUUCACGUAACUAUGACGUAGUGGGGUCACGCAGUGGGCCACCCCCUUGAGUUUUUGGAGAGCCUCUGGUUAAAUCGAAUCGGGUUUCCAUCACUCUGCACUUAAAAGGUCGGUACAGUGAGUCUAUUGAACGGAGGGACUCUGUCCCAGAGCAUGGGACUCUAGGGCAAGGAUCGGUUUGUACCGGACUACGAGGGACUGCGAGAGAGCGAAGACACGGACUCCGCGGCACAAAGAUAUCCAUGUGGAAACUUGGGGGGGUCUGCGUGUCUGCAGCAACCAGCGCCUAAUCGGGCUGAUGAUAAAGCCCCAUCUCGUGCGCAUGGAUACCGCGCACCUCUGUAUCCGGGUCCCAUAUCCGCAGCGGUUCAUUGGAGUGCCUGUUUACCGGUGCGUGUACCAACUUUGCGUAAACACAACCGUCAGGAUACACUACAGUUGAUUUGUUUUAUACUUUUUUCUAAAAUGGUAUAUAGACAUGCAUUUACACACACACACGUGCUUUGAGACUUCCGGUGGGGGAGGGGGGGGAGGUCACAGCUGUUCUUCCUCGUAGCCAGGGAUGUCGGUGGUGCCUACUGCCCAGGAAAAACUGCCAGCGUCUCAUCGGUAAAGGCCUCCAGGCCACAGACAAGACGCGUGGUUGUCGUAAUUUUAGCAUCGUCCAGUCAACCUGGCGCCCCCACUUGCACCUUCCCACCUUUGCUCAUCGGCUCGUCUGAUUUUUAUCCGCGACUUUGAUUCGAUUUAUUUUUAAUUUUCACGUAAAAAAAGUGGUAGAAUUUUGAAAGACGCUGACAUUUUUUUUUAAAGUGAAACUUCGGCUGCAUUUGAUUUUCUUCUCGAGCCUUCUCCAUCUCCUUAAUGAUUUGAUCCCCAUCAAAUUCGUACAUUAUUUUAUUUAGUCUUCAAGUAACAUUUACUGAGAGUCUUCUGUUUUAAAUUAAUAAUUUAACUCUGUGAGUGUAGCGUUAGUUCGAUUGUAGCUCAGUGUUUUUGCGCCACGGUGGUUGGCACGCGCUCACUCGCCUCUACGUGUGCAUCUGCCCGUGGUGUCUCGUUUGUUUCUGCGUUACAUUUUUGUUAACUUUUGUGAAUUCACAACGGCAAUAGGUUUUUUGUCUUUCUUUUUUUUCUUAAACCGUCAACUUGUAAAUAACUUAUUUUAAUUGUACUUACAAUAAACGAAUGUUCGCCUCUA